AUGUUAUCUCAAGAUAAAGGGGACCAAAGGGUGUCCUUCGUCUUAGAUAAGCAGCCAUAUCGGUUACCUGGACCUGGCAAGGAUCGGGUUAGAGAUCAUUUAGGUAAACUUAACACCCACAAGUCCAUGGACUACAAUGGGAUGCACCCACAAGUGCUGAGGGAGCUGGCAGGCAUCGUUGCUAGGCUACUCUCCAUCACCUUUGAAAGGUUUCGGCAAUCAGGAGAGGUGCUUGAGGAUUGGAAACAAGCAAAUAUCACCCCAGUCUUCAAAAAGAGCAAGAAGGAGGAGCCAGGGAACAACAGGCCUGUCAGCCUCACCUCCAUCCCUGGAAAGCUGAUGGAACAGCUCAUCCUGGAAGCCAUCACUAAGCACAUGGAAGAAAAGGUGAUCAGUAGUCAGUAUGGAUUCACUAUAGGGAAAUCAUGUUUGACCAAUCUGAUAGCCUUCUAUGAUGGGGCAACUGCCUGGGUAGGUGAGGGGAGGGCAGUGGAUGUUGUCUGCCUGGACUUCAGCAAGGCUUUGGACACUGUCUCCCAUCACAUCCUCCUAGGUAAGCUCAGGAAGUGUGGGUUGGAUGAGUGGAGAGUGAGGUGGAUGGAGAAGUGGCUGGAUGGCCGAGCUCAGAGGGUUGUGGUGAAUGGCGCAGAGUCAAGUUGGAGGCCUGUAGCUAGCGGUGUCCUCCAGGGGUCAGUCCUGGGUCCAGUCUCGUUCAAUGUACUCAUCGAUGACCUGGAUGAAGGCACAGAGUGUAUUUUCAGCAAGUUUGCUGAUGAUCCAAAACGAGGAGGAGUGGCUGACACACCAGAGGGCUGUGCUGCCCUUCAGAGGGACGUGGUGGAUAGGUGGUCGGAGAGGAACCCCAUGAAGUUCAACAAAGGCAAGUGCAGGGUCCGGCAUUGGGUAGCAAGAACCCCAUGCACCAGGACAGGCUGGGGCUUUAUUCUGCUGGAAAGCAGCUCUGCAGAGAAGGACCUGGGAGUCCUGGUGCACAAGUUGGGCGUGAGCCAACCAUGUGCCCUUGUGGCCACGAAGGCCAAUGGUCUCCUGGGGUGCAUUAGGCAGAGUGUUGCCAGCAGGUGGAGGGAGGUGAUCCUG